GGGCGCGGGCCCCCGCCCGGCGCGCAGCGGCACCAUGGGCACCGUGCUGUCCCUGUCCCCCAGCUACCGCAAGGCCACGCUGUUCGAGGAUGGCGCGGCCACGGUGGGCCACUACACGGCCGUGCAGAACAGCAAGAACGCCAAGGACAAGAGCCUGAAGCGGCACUCCAUCAUCUCCGUGCUGCCCUGGAAGAGGAUCGUGGCCGUGUCGGCCAAGAAGAAGAACUCCAAGAAGGUGCAGCCCAACGGCGGCUACCAGAGCAACAUCACGCACCUCAACAAUGAGAACCUGAAGAAGUCGCUGUCGUGCGCCAACCUGUCCACGUUCGCCCAGCCCCCGCCGGCCCAGCCGCCCGCGCCCCCCGCCAGCCAGCUCUCGGGCUCGCAGACCGGGGUCUCCUCCUCCGUCAAGAAGGCCCCGCACCCCGCCGCGCCCUCGGCGGGGACGCCCAAGCGGGUCAUCGUCCAGGCGUCCACCAGCGAGCUGCUGCGCUGCCUGGGCGAGUUCCUGUGCCGCCGGUGCUACCGCCUGAAGCACCUGUCGCCCACGGACCCCGUGCUCUGGCUGCGCAGCGUGGACCGCUCGCUGCUGCUGCAGGGCUGGCAGGACCAGGGCUUCAUCACGCCGGCCAACGUGGUCUUCCUCUACAUGCUCUGCAGGGACGUGAUCUCCUCCGAGGUGGGCUCCGACCACGAGCUGCAGGCCGUGCUGCUGACCUGCCUGUACCUCUCCUACUCCUACAUGGGCAACGAGAUCUCCUACCCGCUGAAGCCCUUCCUGGUGGAGAGCUGCAAGGAGGCCUUUUGGGACCGCUGCCUCUCCGUCAUCAACCUCAUGAGCUCCAAGAUGCUGCAGAUCAACGCCGACCCGCACUACUUCACGCAGGUGUUCUCCGACCUGAAGAGCGAGAGCGGCCAGGAAGACAAGAAGCGGCUCCUGCUGGGGCUGGAUCGGUGAGCCCUGCGGCCCGCAGCCCGGCCCGAGGAUUCAUUUUUUUAAACAAAUGUGUUGUGAAACAAAUCAGAUUUUAUGUACAGUAUGUGUCUAGCCAAGCCACCAAGGGCCUCUCCGGGCCCACCUUCUCUCCUGGGGGCUCUCUUCAGCCCUGCCAAGAACUCUGGACGCUUGAACUGAACCUUGUGCAAAACCCAGAAGAUGUAUUCAGAGCCCCCGGGGCCCCCGACCGUCUGCUUUGGGGAAUUCAGAGGACCCGCUUGCCUCUGUCGCCUGUGCCCUUGCUGGACGGGGCAGGUGAGGCUGGCUGUUGCGCCCUGCCCGGGAGCUGGAGCGGGGCCUCUGGCCAGUUGACCCAGGGAGGAGUUGGCGCUGCUGGUUGGGGGUGUGUGGGGGGCUUUUCUGGCUCCCGUUUUGGGUUGUCCAUUCUCCCAGAGGCUCCUGCAGCAGCCACCCCGACGGAGCCGCACGUGGGGUUGUGAGGCGCGAUGCCGUUUCGGUCGAGCAGAAGCCAGCCUGGGACAGAGGUUGUGUCCUGUUGUUUGGCCUCGCACAACCCUGGUUUUCUCUUUUUUCUUUUUUAGGGAGCAGGGCUUUCCUUUAGUGGAGGCGCAGAACUUGCCCCUCGGUCCCCUUGUCCUCUGCUCCCAGCCGGGUUGGCACUGUUGGUUAAUGAGCUGGUUUGACUCGUUAAGUUCUUUUAUUUUGGGUCCCAGCUAAAGGGGUGGGGUGAAGCUGGGGACAGCUCCUUUCCCGGGUGAGUGUUUCAUUUGGAUAAUGCAGCUUAGUCGCCCUGUGGUGGCGGCCAGGACAGCUGCAGGUGCCCAGUAUCAACAGCCUGCCUCCUGGGCAGGUGGGGGUGCCGUGCCUGAGACCGAGCAGGCCUCCUCUUGCGGGUGCACAUGGUAUUUUUUUUCUGCAGAGCUGGAGGGUGGGGUGUGGUAAGGAUGUACCCCCCACCUCCACCCCUACCCCUUUUAAUUUAAAGCUGUUUCCAAACAGUUCAGUUUGUUCAGAAGACAAAGCCUUGCCCCACAAGGCCCAGGGAGACAGCUGGAUCGUGGAGACAAUUACGAGCCGCGAGUAGGACUCCUCUGAUGGCUUUGGAAGCCUGCUGAUUCUACAACUGAUCACUUGCAGCUGCUGGUUCCACUUUAGUGGCUGUAAAAACACAUGAUGUGUACUUAAUCCAUUUUCUUUCUGAUUCUCCCAGAUUGGUGGCUUGGGACUUGGGAGAUGACCGAGAGAAGGGACCGAGUCUUGCUCCAUGGCCCAUCACUCCGGCUUUGGGGAACAAAGACCAGUGUGAAGGCUACGGAAAAUUCUCUCUUCCCAGCCCCCCCAGGGAGUGCUGGAGUAGGGGGGCUGGGGUGGGGGGAGAGGCAGAGGGUCAUUUUACAUAGGAUUAGGUCCCAGGUGGCUGCCGAUUUCAGCACAAGCACUACUGAAAUUCACGUUAAAAAGAACAAGCUGUGAAGUUGCCGUGCGGGUUUAAGAGGCCUGGGGCAGAGCCCGCCUAUGAGGAAGAGGCCUGCCCGUGUGUGCGGGAGAGCAUUUGCCCCAGCUGCGCCUCGAAGCCCACGCCGAGCCAUUCCCGGGGCUGCCUGGCCGUCGGAGGCAGAGCUGGGGGGACCUGCGGCUGGCUGCUGGCACAGACUUCGCCCCAGCGCCUCUUCUCUGCGGGAGUUGCCGCGAGGCCUGUGUGUCCAGAUCCUGCUGCCACGUGUGACCUGAGCCACAGAAUUCUGAACGACCUAUCUGACUUCAGCAGCCAGCUCCUGCAUUUACCGAAGCUGUUUACUGCGGUGACGGAGUAGUUUUCCUACAGCACCUAAUCUUCACUCAACCGCGAAAGGAUAUUCUGACAAACUGAAUAUGCCUGUGGUUAAAAAGUUAAACUAUUUUGGGGAAAACCUGAUCCCUUCUUUACGUAUAAAUAUGCUAAUCGAUUCACAUGGUCAUGGCAGGUAAUUAUUUU